ACUUUGAAACCAAUAUCAAAGUUUGGUGACAAUUAUUGCUGUGAUUAAUCCUCACUUGUUUCCAACGUUAAAAAAUCAAGUGUAUUGAAAGAGUAUAUUCCUAUGCUCCCCGCCUGUGAGAAGAUUCCCAAUUGCAAUGAACAAGAUGUGGAUUGCAGUUUCAGCCAUAGUGGUGGCCUUCCUCGCCAUAACUUCAUUUUCUCCACUUGAAAAAUUCUAUCACAACUUCGCAGUUCCUCAAUCGUUUUUGCAUGGUGUAGUAGCAGAUUUGUUGGUGACAAACGGGACUAUAUAUACCAGUAACGUCAAUCUUCCCUUUGCUGACUCCAUGGCAGUUCGCAAUGGUCGGAUUCUCAGAAUUGGCAACUAUUCCUCCAUGCAGGACUUGGCCGGAUUUGCUACUAAAACAUUGAAUCUAGAGGGGAAGGUUGUGGUUCCUGGAUUUAUUGACUCACAUGUUCACUUAAUUUUUGGAGGAUUGCAGAUGGCACAAGUGCAACUCCGUGGUGUAGAUAGAAGAGAACACUUCGUGAACAAGGUCAAAGAGGCAUUAUCAAAUAUGAGACAGGGCUCUUGGUUACUGGGGGGUGGUUGGAACAAUGAUCUAUGGGGAGGAGAGUUGCCAAUGGCAUCUUGGAUUGAUGAUAUCUCUCCUUACAAUCCUGUUUGGCUGACAAGGAUGGAUGGCCACAUGGGCUUGGCAAACUCCAUGGCUCUUAAAAUUGCUGGAAUUUCUAAGAGCACAGAGGAUCCAGGUGGUGGAGCUGUAAUGAGAAACGGCGGUGGAGAACCUACUGGUUUGCUGGUUGACUCUGCAAUGAAGCUUGUCCUCUCCUGCAUUCCAGAGGUCUCAAUAAAGGAGAAGAGGGAAGCUCUAUUGAGAGCCAGCAAUCAUGCCUUAAUGAGAGGUGUGACAACAGUGGUUGAUUUUGGGAGAUAUUUUCCUGGUGUAUCAACAGAGCUAUCGUGGGAAGAUUUGUCAGAUGUCUACAGAUGGGCUGAUUUAUCCGGGAACAUGAAGAUCAGAGUUUGCUUAUUUUUCCCUAUAGAGACAUGGGCACGCCUAUAUGAACUUAUAAAUGAAGCUGGUCGUAAGCUGAGUCAAUGGAUCUACUUAGGUGGCAUGAAAUCUUUUGCUGAUGGAUCCUUGGGAUCUAGCAGUGCAUUGUUAUAUGAGCCAUAUGUUGAUGAAGUGCAGAAUUACGGCCUGCAAGUGGCAGAUAUGGAUGGUUUGUACAACAUGACAGUCUCUUCGGAUAAAUCUGGCCUUCAGAUUGCAGUUCAUGCCAUAGGUGACAGGGCCAAUGACUUAAUCUUGGACAUGUUCAAAUUUGUGGCAUCUAAGAAUGGAAUAAGGGACCGAAGAUUUAGGGUAAAUUCGACUGCUUUGAGUCUAAGAAGUUCAUCAAUCGAUUCUCAAGUUUCCUUGUGCUUGACAUAUUCUGGCACUUUUUUCCUUCCCAAUAAAUUUUCAGAAGUGUUGCUAGGGAUAUAUGGGUGCAUGCCUUUAAACUUCUUGGGUCUUGGCGCUGGUGGUGGCUGUGGUGUUGGGUUAGGGCUUGGAUGGGGAUUUGGCACAGCAUUUGGUAGUCAGUAUCGUAAUUCUAGGGUUACAUUCGAAGGUACGGGAUUUGAUCGUAAAAAUCACAAUGAAGAAAGAGAUUCUGAAAACCCAAGAAAGAAAGUCCAGAAAAUUCAUGCUUCUCAAUAA